UUGGUUGGUAUGCUGAUUCGGGCUCGUAAGUAUGGUUUAGUGGAUUUCGAUGGCGAAAUGCUGUAUCAAAGACAAGACGACGAGAAGAUCUCGAGUGGUCCAGACCCAGCAAGCGACUUUAUUUCUGCAGUGCUUAGAGACGUUUCGAGCGAAAUGAACAGCACUGCAGCUGGCAUGAUGCCGGCUAGCGACAAAUUGGUGCAGAACAUGCUCGACUUGCUCUCCGUCAACCUUGCUCUCUUCUUGUUGGGCUUCCUAUGCGUUGCUUUCAACGCACCACUGUUAUACAUACUCCUAGCGUCCAGGAAAAUACGUGAAGAUUCGAAGGCGGUAUCACGGCUUAGAGACUCACUUAGGCACGUCAGAAGGACUACUCCGAAUACCGUGCAUACCGUUAUCGUGUGUGAUCGAAUUUCACCAUCACUUUGCAGAUCUCUGCGACUGUGCGCAGUUAGUGUUGUCCUCGUGCUAUCGUUCUGCAUAGCUGGACUUGCAUUCGCCAUCUCCAGAGCCAACAAAGGAUAUGCUAAAUUCGACUGUGGUGUGCUUAUAUUUAUUUCUCAAAGCUGCCGACGAUCACUUUGCGUCUAG